AGAGAGAGAGAGGGAGACAGCUCUGACAGUUUCUUCUUCUGUAGAGAGAGAGAGAGAGAGAGAAACGAGUUUUUGAUUUUGAAAUCGUUUGUUGGAAUUUUGAACUUAAGAGUAUGAGUAGUCGUUUCUUCUCUUCUUGGGCGUUUUGUCUGGUUGCGCUAAAGCCCCAGUACUUUUAACUUUGAAAUGAAAAGUAGUGAAGCACUGGCAGAAAAAGGUGUUGAGUGCCUUGAAUGUUAGGCAAAAGACAAGAGCGAUUUGAGUUGUUUUCAGCUCCGGCAAUAGUUUGACUGAGAAUCAUGGUUGAAGACGGUGGAAAGAAUACUGCUGUUGAUAGCCUUUCAACUGAAGAAUGGCUGUCUUGUGCACAAGGUCUUGUUCCAAAGGCACUGGAGAAGGCCAGGGAGGUUAAGGGGUUUCCAGGGAGGUGGAAGACGAUAAUUUCAAAAUUAGAGCAGAUUCCGUCGAGAUUAUCAGACUUGUCUAGCCAUCCUUGCUUCUCGAAGAAUGCACUUUGUAAGGAGCAAUUGCAGGCUGUUUCCAAGACAUUGAAUGAAGCAAAUGAGUUGGCGGAGCUUUGUGUGAAGGAGAAAUACGAAGGGAAGCUUCGAAUGCAAAGUGAUCUUGAUGCACUGGCUGGGAAACUAGAUUUGAAUCUGCGUGAUUGUGGGCUCUUGAUCAAGACUGGAGUUCUUGGUGAGGUUUCGUUUCCGUCGGCUGUGGCUAGUACUUCGGCAGAACCUGAAGCUGCAGUUCAUGGGAACUUGAGAGAAUUGCUCGCCAGACUUCAAAUCGGCCACUUGGAGGCAAAGCAUAAAGCUCUUGACAGCCUUGUGGAAGUCAUGAAAGAGGAUGAAAAGAAUGUGUUGGCCGUAAUAGGACGAAGCAAUAUUGCCGCUUUAGUCCAGUUGCUCACGGCUACUUCUCCUCGAAUCAGAGAAAAAACUGUAACUGUGAUCUGCUCACUUGCAGAGUCCGGGAGUUGUGAGAAUUGGCUGGUUUCGGAAGGUGUGCUCCCACCCCUCAUAAGGCUUGUAGAAUCUGGCGGUGCUGUCGGUAAAGAAAAGGCUACGAUUUCUCUCCAAAGGCUGUCCAUGUCAUCUGAAACGGCACGUUCCAUAGUUGGCCAUGGUGGGGUUAGGCCUUUGAUUGAGAUCUGUCGAACUGGUGAUUCUGUUUCACAAGCUGCUGCAGCUUGUACUUUAAAAAACAUAUCUGCUGUGCCGGAGGCACGGCAAGCGCUAGCUGAGGAAGGGAUUGUCAAAGUGAUGAUUAAUCUUCUUGAUUGUGGGAUUCUGUUGGGAUCUAAGGAGUAUGCAGCUGAAUGCUUGCAGAAUCUCACUUCAUGUAACGAUGAUCUCAAGAGAUCAGUUAUUUCAGAAGGCGGAUUAAGGAGCCUGCUGGCCUAUUUAGACGGUCCACUGCCUCAAGAAUCUGCAGUCGGGGCAUUGAGAAACUUGGUUGGGUUAGUCUCCAUGGAUGUUUUAAUCUCCAUAGGUCUUCUCCCACGGUUAGUGCACGUGCUCAGAUCCGGGUCUCUCGGCGCACAGCAAGCAGCAGCAUCAGCAAUCUGCCGAAUCUGUAGCUCCACAGAAAUGAAACGAGCAGUGGGUGAAGCUGGAUGUAUCCCUUUCCUCGUAAGAAUGCUGGAGGCAAAAGCUAAUAAUGUAAGGGAAGUUGCAGCUCAAGCGAUUGCUAGCUUGAUGACCUUUUCCCAUAAUUGCAGAGACAUAAAAAAAGACGACAAAAGUGUGCCGAACUUGGUGGCUUUGCUCGAUCCCAGCCCACACAACACCGCCAAAAAAUAUGCAGUCGCUUGCCUCAUGUUGCUCUCAUCGAGCAAGAAAUGCAAGAAGCUGAUGAUUUCAUACGGGGCGAUUGGCUAUCUCAAGAAGCUGACGGAAAUGGAUAUUCCGGGUGCGAAGAAACUACUGGAACGAUUAGAAAGAGGUAAACUGAAAAGUCUAUUCAGCAAGAAGUAGGAGGAAGAAGAGAGAUGUAAGUUGUUGUUCUUGUUGUAUAAGCGGAGUAUAUUUUUGGUGUUUGAUGAUGUUUCAUUCUCUGAAUGAAACAAAGUGGCGGUAGCAAUAUGUACUGAGAAGCAUAAAAGCUCUCUCUAAUCUAUUUAAUCAAAUGGCCUCUAUCUGUGUAAAGGAAUUUAAUAAUCCUCGUAUUCAGACUACAUUAUCUUA